AAAAAAGAGGCAGUAGAGAGUGGGGCUGGGUCUGACUGCUGCUCUGAGCAGGAAAAGCCUCAGUCUGACUUCAUGGUGCAGCGAUAACCUGGACUCUUAUCUCCCCUAUUCUUCCCUUUAUUUUGCACAUAGGAACGGCUCAUGUCUUUGGCACGAUGAGCUUUGUGCCUUCUAGGACUGUGCUGUUUCUGGCUUUAUCUGUGGCUUUUUUGCAGUUUGUGAAAUGCCAGGAGGACAAUGGUGAGGACGAGCUGAGCUGCUUAGAGAAUGGGCAGGUGUACUCAAACAGAGACAUCUGGAAACCUGAGCCAUGCAAGAUCUGUGUUUGUGACAGCGGGACCAUCUUGUGCGACGAGGUGCAAUGUGAUGAAGUGUCUAACUGUGAAAAGGUAGUGGUUCCAGAUGGAGAGUGCUGUCCUGUUUGCCAGAGUGGGGCACGAGAAGCCGGCAAGCCCAGACCAGGAGGCAGAAUUGCCAGGGGUCAAAAAGGAGAACCCGGAGAUGUCCCAACAAUUACUGGAAUAAGAGGUCGUCCUGGAUCAAUGGGACCUCCAGGAGCGCCAGGGUUUAGAGGAGACAGCGGACCCAAGGGUCGACCUGGUCAGAAAGGUCCCCCAGGAUUUGACGGAGAGCCUGGUGUUCCCGGACAUCCGGGAGAGCCCGGACCACAAGGACAUUCCCCAGGAGGCCAGUUUGCCUCACAUAUGGCUGGAGGAUUUGAUGACAAAACAGGAGCCCAACAUGUCAUGAUGCCUGGAACUCGUGGGGAGGGAGGAGCAAGAGGACCACCUGGACCAAAUGGAGCACCAGGGGCAGCAGGAUCUCAAGGACCUCCUGGUGAUGUAGGUGAUCCAGGGCCAAUGGGUGGCUCUGGCCCGAGGGGUCCGGAGGGUCCUCUAGGGAAACCCGGUGAGGAUGGGGAAGCUGGAACUCCAGGAAGUGCUGGAGAAAUGGGAUUUCCUGGAUCUCCGGGAUCAAGAGGGUUUCCAGGGACACCGGGACCUCCAGGCUUAAAGGGCCACAGAGGAUACCAAGGUACAGCUGGUCUUAAAGGUGAACGUGGUGCUUUGGGAUCAAAGGGUGAAUCUGGUGGGCCUGGUGCAAUGGGUGCCCUUGGACCUAUGGGUCCCAGGGGAAUGUCAGGAGAAAGAGGACGUCCAGGGGCGGCUGGGACACCGGGUACACGUGGUGCACAAGGAAAUGUUGGCAAACCAGGUCCAAUGGGUCCUUUGGGACUAAGUGGUGCUUCAGGGUAUCCUGGAAGUCCAGGUAUGAAGGGUCAACCAGGACCCACUGGUGUGAGGGGGCCGGAGGGACCACAGGGACAAAGAGGAGAAACAGGACAUCAAGGAAGAUCUGGACCAACUGGCAACAGCGGGACAGUGGGCACUGAUGGUGGUCCCGGUACCAAAGGUCCAGUGGGAAAUGCUGGUCCUCAGGGUCCUGUUGGUCUGCUUGGUCCACCUGGCCCACCAGGACCUCAGGGAAGCACUGGACAGCCUGGGAUCAAAGGUCAAGGGGGAGAUGUUGGUGUUCUUGGAUUUAAAGGGGAGGCUGGACCUAAAGGCGAAUUUGGUCCAUCAGGAGCACAAGGUGUGAUUGGACCUCAGGGAGAGGAGGGCAAACGUGGACAAAGAGGAGAUCCUGGUUCUAUUGGCCCACCCGGACCUGUUGGUGAGAGAGGGGCUCCUGGAAACCGUGGUUUCCCUGGCCAGGAUGGCUUACAGGGUCCGAAGGGUGCACAAGGUGACCGUGGAAUAACAGGAACUUCUGGACCAAAAGGAUCCACUGGAGAUCCAGGAAGAACAGGGGAACCUGGUCUACCAGGGGCAAGGGGUUUGACAGGAACACCUGGAGUGCAGGGGGCCGAAGGAAAGCCAGGACCACUGGGUCCUCCAGGUGAGGACGGGCGUCCAGGGCCUGCAGGGUCAACUGGAACAAGAGGCCCAGCAGGACAGAUGGGGAUAAUUGGUCCAAAGGGUUUUAGUGGAGAUGCAGGGAAGGCUGGUGAACAGGGAUCUGCAGGAGUACCUGGACAGAGGGGUCCACCUGGUAAAGACGGAGAAGUAGGUCCAGCUGGACCACCAGGUCCACAUGGUCCAGCAGGUGACAGAGGUGAACAGGGACCUCCUGGAAUGCACGGUUUCCAGGGUUUGCCAGGACCAGCAGGUGCUCCAGGAGAGGGAGGAAAACCUGGCGAUCAGGGCAUACCUGGAGAAGGUGGCCCUGUAGGCCAAACUGGACCAAGGGGUGAACGUGGAAUUCCUGGAGAAAGAGGAGAGCUUGGGUCUAAUGGUCUGCCUGGAGUCAAAGGUAUUCCAGGAGCGUCUGGUCCAGAUGGCCCGAAGGGCAGCCCAGGACCUCCGGGUACUGUGGGUGAUCUAGGCCCUCCUGGUCUGCAGGGUAUGCCAGGAGAAAGGGGGAUCUCUGGGCCACCUGGUCCAAAAGGAGACAGAGGAGCUAUGGGUGAGAAAGGAUCAGAGGGCACUCCAGGAAGUGACGGUGCAAGGGGUUUAACAGGCCCAAUUGGCCCUGCAGGACCCCCUGGUCCAAGUGGUGAAAAGGGAGAAUCGGGUCCUAAGGGACCACCCGGACCUCAUGGAUCAAGAGCAAUGCCAGGAUCCCGUGGUGAACCUGGGCCGAUUGGCGCCGUGGGCUUUCCUGGACCAAUUGGUCCUGAUGGUCAGCCUGGUGUGAAAGGACCACCAGGAGAGCCUGGACAAAAGGGUGAUGCUGGAUCUCCUGGCCCUCAAGGGUUAGCUGGUCCUCCAGGGUCACAGGGUAAAUUUGGUGUGGCUGGGCCAAAGGGAGGAAGAGGAACACAAGGGGCACCUGGCCCAACGGGUUUCCCUGGAUCACCUGGAAGAGUCGGCCCACCUGGUCCAACGGGCCCUAUUGGUGAGCCGGGUCCAAUUGGUCUCCCAGGAAAAGAAGGUCCACGUGGUCUUCGAGGAGAUCACGGACCACCUGGGCGACAGGGAGAGAGAGGUCAACCUGGUCCUGCUGGAAGCCCUGGAGACAAAGGAGAUUCUGGAGAAGAUGGACCACCAGGCCCUGACGGUCCACCAGGACCUGCUGGGACAACAGGGCAGAGGGGUAUUGUAGGCCUUCCUGGUCAAAGAGGUGAACGUGGAAUGCCGGGACUUCAUGGACCAGCAGGUCCUCCAGGAAAACAGGGCACAUCAGGAGCUCCAGGAGACAAAGGACCCCCUGGCCCUGUUGGGGUGCCUGGAGCUAACGGACCCCGUGGUGAUCCUGGACCUGAUGGACCCGCUGGAUCUGAUGGCCCACCAGGAAAAGAAGGUGUCAUAGGAGAACGGGGCGAUCGUGGAGAUCCAGGUCCAGAGGGUUUGAUUGGAUCUCGGGGAUUAACUGGACCUAUUGGUCCUGUUGGUGCUACAGGUGGUGGAGGAAAACGUGGAGAGCCUGGUUCAAGGGGACCUUCAGGACCCCCAGGUCCUGCUGGAAAGCGAGGACUCACAGGACCACAAGGACCAAGAGGUGAUAAGGGAGAUUUGGGUGACCAUGGAGAAAGAGGACAGAAGGGUCAUAGAGGAUUUGCAGGUUUACAGGGUCUUCCCGGACCACCUGGCACAACUGGUGAACAGGGAGCCCCAGGCAUUAUUGGUCCAAGUGGACAAAGGGGACCUCCUGGGCCCUUUGGACCACCAGGAAAGGAAGGGAACAUUGGAGUAGACGGACCUAUGGGACCUCCUGGUUCAAGAGGAUCCAGUGGUGACAUGGGACCACAGGGACCUCCUGGAGAUUCUGGUCCUCCUGGCCCACCUGGACCUUCUGGUCCUCCCAUUGCAGCUAUGGAAGACCUCUUUGGUGGGCCUCAAGAUUAUGAUGCUGGUAUUCCACCCCCAGAGUUCAGUGAGGAUGAAGCUCUUCCCAAAAGUAACUCAACUACCGUGUUUCAGGCUGACCCUGGAGUUCAAGCGACAUUGAAGGCUCUGAGCAGCCAGAUUGACAGUAUGAAGAGCCCUGAUGGUAGCAAGAAACAUCCUGCCAGAACUUGCGAGGACUUGAAACAAUGCUACCCUGACAAGAAGAGUGGUGAAUACUGGGUGGAUCCAAACCAGGGCAGUGCAGAGGAUGCCAUUAAAGUACACUGCAAUAUGGAAACAGGCGAGACAUGCAUCUCUGCCAUUCCCUCCAGCAUCCCUCGAAAAACAUGGUGGAGCUCCCCGGGAAGCAAACCAGUGUGGUUUGGAGCCAACAUGAAUGGUGGAAUCUAUUUCACGUACGGGAACAAAGACCAGCCAGCCAACACAGUCACAGUUCAGAUGACUUUCAUCCGUCUGCUCUCUAAAGAAGCCUCACAAACCAUCACUUACCACUGCAAGAACACUGUGGGCUACAAGGAUGAAUCAACUGGAAACCUCAAGAAGGCAGUGAUCCUCAAAGGUUCAAAUGAUGUUGAGCUUAAAGCUGAGGGAAAUAACCGCUUUAGAUACACUGUGGUUGAAGACAGCUGCUCGCAAGCGAAUGGUAAGUGGGGCAAGACAGUUUUUGAAUAUAGGACCCAGAAAACAGCACGGUUACCUAUUGUGGAUAUUGCACCUGUGGACAUUGGAGGUUCAAAUCAGGAGUUUGGAAUUGAUGUCGGGCCUGUCUGCUUCUUAUAAAUCAAGGAGUUGAGAUGCAAAAUCCUCAGACUUUUAAAGUGACUGCUGACAAGAUCAGCCUUGUACAUACAGAACAUUGGACUUUUCUGGCCCUGUAGCAAGAUAUUUAUUGUGCCUUCCAAGAAAACAACAGCUCAACACGGUUAAUACAGAUUGAUCCCUUGAAAUAGGAAAUUAAAUUUAAAAGAUUUUCUUUUGAUACAAGACUAUCCAUCAACUGCUGUUUCAAAUUGUGAUGGCCAUUGCUUCAAAGUAAAAGUAAUCAUGCUUCACACUGUACCAACACUAGUUGUUAUUAAAAAAUAUGUAUUUUCAUUUGCUUGUUUUUUGUUACAGUAUGUUGGUUUUUUCCAAACAAACAUGGUGCUAUAGAGGACGUUGCACUCAGUUAAUUUUUUUUCUUUUGAAAAACACUUGUAUCCUGGUACAUUCACCUUGUAAUACGCUUUGAACCUAACUGACAAUUAAAGAUGAAAUCGUUUAUACAUAAGUGCAAGCUACCUCGUUUCUAUAAACUGGCAAAAGCUGACAACAGACUUGUUGUACAUGAAUACCGAUAAGGAGCUGUAUGAAUUGAAUUUCUCCCAUGAAAAGGUACAUAGUAGGGUAAGAAAAUGGCAAUAAAAAUAACUCCAUCUCAGACUACAAUUAUGAAAAGAUGCAUUUGUUUUUCUAUUUCAAACACGAAAACACCAGGACAAUGCUGGAGGAAUGCUUUUCCUCUUUUUAUAAUGUUAGUUUUACAUUCUAAUGGCUUUAAGGCACAAUGUAGCGAAAUGCAGGUGCAGGUAAAUAGAGAAUCAAUUCUGGAAGUCUUUAGGUUGUCAUAUUUUCCAAAGCAUGCAGGAAAACCUAUCAUUCUUGCACUUUUUCUAUGAUUAUUAUUUUAUCUGAUUAGCAUUUAUAAUUCUUUUAAGCCAUUUGGUUUGUCUUAAAGCUAAUCUCUUGUAUUUGCUUUGCAAAAUUAAACAUGCCUAUUAUCAUUUCUGAUUUUAUCGAAUCAAGCUAUAUUCCUUCCCCUUAUUCCUCUUUUAAAAAUGCCUAUGUUUCAUUUCUUGCUUUUUUGGCAUGAAAAUACUUUUUUACACAAUAAAAUGACAAUGGAUAGCAUCAUUUGCUGCUUUGGACACAUUUAAAACAUUUGUAAGGUAUUGCUUUGCUUUAUUAUAUUCUCUUUAUGUUUCAGACUAAACUUGUUGACAACAAACGCUGGUUAACAAGAGUGAUUUAUUUAUGCAGGAUUUGUUUACUAACUUUUGAAUAAUUUUUUUUAAAGGGUUUACAUUUUUGAGUAAAUAAUGAAACGACUGGGAUUAUACUAGUUUUACUUUAACUUUUUUUUAGUUUAACUUUUGUCCUUUCUGUUUAAAGUAUAUAUUAUAAAAAUAAUUUGAUUAAGAAAAAAGGCUAUAAUACGAUAAAGGGUUAUUGUAAAUAGUGACUUUACUGUCUAUAGAAUAGUUACUGAUUAGUUUAGUAUAGUAGUAGUAUAGUAUUUUUUACAUAAAAGUUGCUUUUGAGUCUUAUCCUAAUGUUAUGAAAUUAUGAUUUGUAUAGAUGUAACCCAGACAGGGAAAAGUUUCUACAACAAAUGCACUGAUUGAAACUUGACAAAUCUUUGUGCAACAACAUGAAAACACUUCUGUUCAAAAUUUUGUUCAAAAGGAUGGAAAACAACAUCUUUCCAGCACAAUGAAUGUAAGAAUGGGAUAACAUGCUCUAAGAAGUGGUGUUCAGUACAGCGGGACCAGUACACAAGAUAAAUGAAUGAAACACAUGCAGUCCAAAGCCAGAAAAUGUUCGUUUGAAAAAGAAAUGAUGAAUAAUAAUUGAUAAAUCAUUUGAAGUUUGUGUAUUAAUGUUUAAGAUCAUGUAUUUGACAGAGAUGUGAAUAAAAGCAUUCAAUCACUUAUCCAAGUG